UACUUCUGAUUUUUAAAUAUAAUCAUACAAUUCACGUUGAAUAUUACAAUUAUAUACCUAAAAAAAAAAUUUCCUUUGUUAUAUUGUGGUAGUUUCAGCUGGAAAGUCGUAAAUAUUUUGUGCAAAAAAAUCGUUAUAUUUCUGCAAGAACGAAACACCUCAUUGGUUAACUGCACAAAUGCCUCUAAAAAAUAAAAAUAUCAAAUAUUUGGUCGUCGUCUGUGUACUGUGAUGGUUAAAUUCUUAUUUUUAUAUUUUUAUUUACAGUCCUUUAGUUAUUUAAUGAACCAUGCCAUCGAUUCUUAAUUCAUUCAGUGUACUUCUUAUUAUCUCACCGUUUUUUUUAAGUUGUUCAGUGACAUUGGCGGGAGUACACUACUUGGAAAAUGGGGAUGUACACAAUUUCAAGCCGAACCAUGAUAGAUCCGAAUUACGAACGUUUUGUUAUAAAGGAAGACCAAAAUACAUAAUACAUAUUUGGCAAAGUGUUAUACUUCAAAUAGAUCAUGUUACUGAUGAUUAUACUCAAUAUGAGGGCCCCAAUCCCGAGCAGGUACAGAAAAAACACUUAGAAAAUCGUUACUCUUGGUCGUUCGAUUUAUUUACUAGUAAGCAGAAAGCUAUAAAAUUGAAUCCUUUCAACACGAGUUGCAUUGGAGUUGUCAGUAAGGAACCCUAUGCUGUCAACCUUAAAGUUAUAAGAAUAGACCUUUGGAAGGUCCUUUUGUUGGUUUCUGGAGUGUCGCUGUUCACGUCUGCGGGAAAACUUAGCAACAAUAAAGUAUUUCACUACCUUUGCGGUGUGUCGCUUGGGAUAUGUGCCUCGUUUUUAAUACUCAUUUACUACAUCAGCAAAUUGGUCCCGAGGAAACCGUUAAUGUACAGCGUGCUCGGAUGUGGCUGGACGAUUACAGUAUACGUCCUGCAACUGCUUUGGGAGAACCUAAGGACGAUUUUUUCCGGUUAUAAAACAUACGUAAUGUGGUACACUGUUAUUACGGGAGUAAUCAGUUUUAUUCUGUGCUACAGAUGGGGGCCAGUAGAAAACGUGAGAACGAAAAAUUUGAUAAAAUGGAGUCUCCAGUUGCUCGGUCUGGCAUCGAUAUAUUGCAGUACCCAUUUCGAAGAGGCUGCCGUUGGUCAAAUCGUGAUAUUACUGAUAGUUUAUAACCUUCCGAAAAAGUGGAUAGCGGCACCCAAAACUUACUGGAAGAAAAAGUUCCCUCCGAAACUGAAAAUGUUAACAAACGACGAGUAUUACGAGCAAGGCGUUAGAGAAACGGCAAAAGCCCUCGAUGGAUUACGUCAGUUUUGUUCAAGUCCGGAGUGUAAUCAGUGGAAUACGGCGUUGAAACUUAAGGAUGUUAAAAGAUUUGCAUCCUUUAUCGAAGGGAAUUCCCACUUGAGCGACGAAGAGAUCUUAGAAUACGAAACGUCCACCCAAGGAGAUUUAACGGAUGACGAAGACCGAAGCGAGUCCCUUACCGACGAGGAAGACUUUUAAAGACUGACAAUCAUAUUUAUUUUCAUCAAAAGAAUUAAACAUUUUCUAGUGUACAUACAUUACUGUAAAAUACAGUUACUUUUUACGAAC